AUGAUCUGGGGCGGUCUGCCAAACCUGAUCUGGUGGGUCGACCGUAAGACCGGACUUUGCGGCCUGUACGCGGGACAAGUGGUCCCUACAGGCGAUGCGAAAUGUGCGGCUCUGGACCGUCGAUUUGAAGCGGCUAUGUACGAAAAGUACAACCACAGUAAGGAUGUGAGUCCGCAUCUCUAG